AUGUCUCCGGAUAGCAGUUACGGGCGUUACGAUACGCCAACGCCAGUCGACACAAAUAUGAUGAGUCCGGUGCAUAAGGAACGGGAGCCAGAGCUGCAUAUAGAGUUCGAUGGUACAACAGUGCUGUGCCGCGUAUGUGGUGAUAAGGCCAGUGGUUUCCAUUACGGCGUGCAUUCCUGUGAAGGUUGUAAGGGGUUUUUCCGACGGUCCAUACAACAGAAGAUCCAGUACAGACCGUGCACCAAAAACCAACAGUGUUCUAUCUUAAGGAUAAAUAGAAAUCGGUGUCAAUAUUGCCGACUGAAAAAAUGCAUCGCCGUUGGAAUGAGCAGAGAUGCUGUUCGAUUUGGACGUGUUCCGAAACGGGAGAAAGCACGUAUAUUAGCUGCAAUGCAGCAAUCCUCAUCAUCGCGAGCUCAAGAGCAAGCGGCCGCAGCGGAAUUAGAUGAUGCACCACGGUUACUAGCGCGAGUGGUGCGCGCUCAUCUCGAUACCUGCGAGUUUACGCGUGACCGCGUGGCCGCCAUGCGUGCCCGAGCUCGCGACUGUCCCACCUACUCGCAACCCACUUUGGCUUGCCCCCUCAACCCUGCGCCUGAAUUGCAGUCCGAGAAGGAAUUUUCCCAGAGAUUCGCGCACGUCAUUCGUGGCGUGAUUGACUUCGCCGGCCUAAUCCCCGGCUUCCAGUUACUCACUCAAGAUGACAAGUUUACAUUGUUAAAAAGUGGUCUAUUUGACGCUCUAUUUGUGCGGCUAAUUUGUAUGUUUGAUGCUCCGCUCAAUAGCAUAAUCUGCCUCAACGGACAGUUAAUGAAAAGAGACUCUAUUCAGAGCGGUGCUAAUGCGCGUUUUCUUGUGGACUCUACAUUUAAAUUCGCGGAACGUAUGAACUCUAUGAACUUGACCGAUGCUGAAAUCGGUUUAUUCUGCGCUAUAGUUUUAAUCACUCCUGAUAGGCCGGGACUACGCAAUAUUGAAUUGGUUGAGCGAAUGCACGCGAGACUCAAGGCGUGCCUGCAGACCGUCAUCACCCAAAACAGACCUGACAGACCUGGCUUCUUAAGAGAACUUAUGGAUACACUUCCAGAUCUUCGCACACUGAGCACACUUCACACUGAGAAGCUUGUCGUGUUUAGAACAGAACACAAGGAAUUAUUAAGACAACAAAUGUGGGGUGAAGAGGAAGGUUGCUCUUGGGCUGACUCCGUUGCUGAUGAAUCUGCUAGAAGCCCGAUCGGUUCCGUGUCAAGCAGCGAAUCUGGUGAAGUUAUAAAUGACUGUGGCACGCCAUUGCUAGCCGCGACAUUAGCGGGACGGAGACGUCUAGACUCCCGCGGCUCAGUUGAUGAAGAAGCACUUGGCGUAGCUCAUCUGGCACACAACGGCCUGACCGUCACACCCGUGCGGCCGCAGCCUCGCUACAGAAAGCUAGACUCACCCACAGAUUCCGGUAUUGAGUCUGGAAAUGAAAAACAUGAAAGAAUUAUUGGACCGGGUUCUGGGUGCUCCAGCCCACGAUCUUCUCUAGAGGAGCAUCUUGAAGACAGGAGACCUCCUAUGCCAAAUGACACACGUCUUGAUGAUAUGCCAGUACUCAAGCGUGUCUUGGAGGCUCCUCCACUUUAUGAUACAUCCUCUUUGAUGAACGAGGCUUACAAGCCACACAAGAAAUUUAGAGCCAUGCGUCGCGACACAGGCGAAGCUGAAGCCAGAGCGGUGCCAUUAACUCCAUCACCCCAGCCACCGCACCAUCCACACCCGGCAAGCCCGGCACAUCCGGCACACUCUCCCAGGCCGGUGCGAGUCUCUCUGUCUUCGACCCACUCCGUGCUAGCGAAGAGCCUCAUGGAAGGGCCUCGCAUGACUCCUGAGCAGCUAAAACGCACCGACAUCAUCCAGCAGUACAUGCGGCGCGGUGAGGUGGCGAGCGGCAGCACGUCUUCUGCCGAUGGUUGCCCUCUGCGUACAGGGUUACUCUCGUGCUACCGUGGCGCAUCUCCCGCGCCCGAACCCGUCUUGGAGCUGCAGGUGGACGUAGCUGAUGCGCCGCUUAAUCUCUCAAAGAAGUCGCCGUCGCCGCCGCGCCCAUACAUGCCGCGCAUGUUGGAGGCGUGA